AUGUCGGAGGCGGCUCGGAGCCUCCUGCAGCGCUGGGGCGCCAGCUUCAGGAAGGGAACGGACUUCGACUCGUGGGGGCAGCUGGUGGAGGCGAUAGACGAGUAUCAGAUAUUAGCAAGACAUCUCCAGAAAGAGGCCCAGUCUCAACACAACAACUCGGAGUUCACAGAAGAUCAAAAGAAAACCAUAGCUAAAAUUGCAACAUGCCUAGAAUUGCGGAGUGCAGCUUUGCAGUCCACACAGUCGCAGGAGGAAUUUAAGCUGGAGGAUCUGAAGAAGCUAGAACCAAUCUUAAAGAAUAUCCUCACCUAUAAUAAAGAAUUCCCCUUUGAUGUUCAGCCUGUCCCACUGAGGAAGAUUUUAGCACCUGGAGAAGAGGAGAACUUGGAAUUUGAGGAAGAUGAUGAGGAAGGUGGAGCUGGAGCAGGGUCUCCAGAUUCUUUUCCUGCUAGAGUUCCAGGUACUUUAUUACCCAGGUUGCCGUCGGAACCCGGGAUGACGUUACUCACUAUCAAAAUAGAGAAAAUUGGUCUGAAAGAUGCUGGGCAGUGCAUUGAUCCUUAUAUCACAGUUAGUGUAAAGGAUGUGAAUGGGGUAGACCUGACCCCUGUGCAGGAUACUCCAGUGGCUUCAAGGAAAGAGGACACCUAUGUUCAUUUUAAUGUGGACAUUGAGAUUCAGAAACAUGUUGAAAAACUAACAAAAGGUGCAGCUAUUUUCUUUGAAUUCAAACACUAUAAGCCCAAGAAGAGAUUUACCAGCACCAAGUGCUUUGCUUUCAUGGAGAUGGAUGAAAUUAAACCUGGGACAAUUGUUAUAGAACUAUACAAAAAACCCACUGACUUUAAAAGGAAGAAACUGCAAUUGUUGACCAAGAAACCACUUUAUCUUCACCUCCAUCAAACAUUGCACAAGGAAUGA